AAAUAGCGCCGGGCUCCCCCAGCCCCCUUCCUCCUCCCAGCCCAGCCCCACUGGCCAGGCGAGCCGCCGGCGGCGGGAUGGACUCACUUUCUGAAAUGAUCAACUCUGCACACUUCUGUGCACAUCUUUCUUCCGAUAUGAGCAGAUCAAUAGGAUUUCACAUUUGCAUGGUCACAUGCAGCAUCCUGCUCAGCUCCACCAGCCUGCAAUGUCUAACCUUUCAGAAACCGGAGAAAGACACAGUACAGGUCCAACACGCUGCAUUGGCAGGGAAUGGGCUAGAAGACAAGAGGAUGAGAAUGCAAAGCUUGGAGAAUAACUUAGGCCCUUCUGAGCAAUCAACCAGUGUUGCUGUCUCAGAAGAGCCAUCUGGAUUGUUGUCAGAGCCAUCUGGGACUUCAUUAAACAAGAUCUUCACUGCUGAAGGAGAAACACAACACGCAAGUCUUAGUGAUAAUCUUUUCAUAGGCAGUAAGAGCCUCGAUGUUUAUCCCCCUACAGUGUCAAUGGUUGUGGCAGAUGAAAGUGAGUUCAGUCCCACUGGGCCAAGCAAAGAAUCAAGUGAAAAUGGGCUAUUAAAGGCCAUGCUAACUACAGCAUUGACUACUCUCAAUCCGGACAUUGAAGCUGAUGUGCUCAGUAGUACUGUGUUCAAAACGACAGUAGGGGGUAGCACAGAGACAGGACAUAGUUUUAUUAGUGACCUGGAUAAUCACUUUUUUAGGAUGGAUGCUAUAGAAGAAGGGAAGAAGGCAGAUGGUAGUUCUGACCUUUCAGCUACACCCCAGCUUAAUAAUAAAGAAUUGCCCACUCUGCAUCCCCGAAGCCCAAACUUAGAAGUGGUGAGUGACUACCCCACAAGCCCUUUACUUUUGGCUCAUCAAACCGCUGAUUCUGAGCCUGGAACACUGGGGCCAAAUGUAGGGAGCCCUUUGCAGUUGACAGAUGCCCGUACCUCUGUCCUCACUGCGAAACAGACAUUUGUACCCACUGAUGCCUCCCUACAUUUGGAAACAAAAACGGACAGUGGGCAAGGAAGCUUAGGAGUGGCAGCUAGUGCUGUCACAGGUGCUCCAGCUGUCUCUGUACUGAGUGAUGAUUGGGAUGAUACAAAAUUAGGAACUAUAAAUCAGGUAAGAGGCUCAAAGCAUGAGGAGAAAAAACAGAACAAUGUGGUAGCGGAACCUCCUUGGGCAACGGGAGGAGAGGAUGAUGAAGAUGAUGUGAAAAGAGGCAUGCCGUUUACACAUGCAACAACCAUGAAACUAGAAAAAAACGUGUAUUCUGGGCCAAGUCAGGUGUCAAUGCAGGGGCAGGUGAUGCCAACAGUUUCCACUGGCCAAACUUCUGUUUAUCUCACACGUCCCUUGGCAGAAACUGAAGUGACUUCUGUAAACACAAAGGAAAAUACAGAACCAGUCACAAUGGAUGAUAGGAAAAGUGUCUCCUUGUCAUGGCCAGAGGCUGUUACUAUGACGGACACAAAAUCGAAUAUCUUCCUUACCCUGGGAAAUUCAUUAAAAGGUGUUACUCAAGAGACGAUGACAGCCAGUCAAGAAACUGAUGCCACCUUGCCAGUCAUGACACCAGCGUAUAGUGCUGGACAUGAGACCACAAGUGACGCAAGCGUGACAGAGGAAGAAAGCAAGGGGGCAACCCUGAUACCGACUGUUUCUAAUGUAGCCCAGCUGUCGAAAAAGUCAGAACACUCAGCCACUACUGUCUCCUUUACUGCCACCCAUUUGUCUGUUGCAAAAACCCUAGAUGCUGAAGUCGUUUUAACAGACCUGGUCACUGUCUCAGAUGAGGAAGCAGUCACUGCUCUUCCCGAAUCCUCAGAGACCCUCGCUGGAAUGAGAAUGCAGGUGGAGGAGCUGACCAGCAGAACUGCGACCCUGGCAACUCCAGCUUUGAUGGCAUCUUCUGUAAGGAGAACUGUCGUUCCAUCUGUGAGGCGGAUUAGCACAGCUGUCACCUACGGAUUGGACCGGUUGGAGUCGGAAGAGGGGGAGGAGGAGGAGGAUGAAGAGGAGGAUGAAGAAGAGGAAGAGGAGGAAGACAGAGAUACAGACUCAAUGGAGGAAAGCAUGGAGGGUGACACGGAGCUGCCAGGUUUCACUCUUCCUGGCGAAACUUCCCAGGAGCCCGUAGUUGGCAUAGGAGACUCUGCAGCACAGCUGGCUGGGGUAUCUUACCAAGUUCCAGACACCAUUGAAUGGGAACAGCAAAACCAGGGCCUUGUGAGAAGCUGGAUGGAAAAGCUAAAAGAUAAGGCGGGAUACAUGUCUGGGAUGCUGGUUCCUGUGGGGGUUGGAAUAGCUGGAGCCCUGUUUAUCCUGGGAGCGCUCUACAGCAUUAAGAUCAUGAAUCGCCGAAGGAGAAACGGCUCCAAAAGGCAUAAAAGAAAGCAGAGGGAAUUUAACAGCAUGCAAGAUCGAGUAAUGCUCUUAGCUGAUAGCUCUGAAGAUGAAUUUUGAACCCGACUGCAGAGCCGUUGUGCUAUCCAGUGACUUUUUCGGGGGCAAGGGGAGAGGAGGGAGCAAAAGGAAGGCAUUUGUGCUGCAUCACUGCUAUCAGCCACCAUGUGCCACUGUGUAGUGGUUUUUACAUCCUGGCAAAACAGGCAUGCUGUAUUCUAAAUGUAAUGCGCAAUGAUGUUUGUUUUUAUACAGUAGUGAGAUUACACAUUCACACAGUGCUCCUCAUUGAAAUGCAGAAUACGUGUUGCUACAGCUGGAGCUGAUUCUAAUGGAUGGCGACUUUGUGUUGAUCACAGUGUAAUGUUUUUGUUCCAGCUGAUGGUAACUAAUCAUAAUUAUUGCUGUCACCUAAUUUCAGGAUGGAAACCUUCACCGAGAAUGACUUCUGUCCAAUUAGUUAACUGUAAAUGUUAUAUUACCGGAGCUAGAGUUUGUCAAUGCUAAAAUUAGCUGUUCUGCUUAAUUAACAAACUACACAAUUGAACCACCUCCCUUGUCAACAGGGAGAUGCCCAAGUACAGUCCAAUUAUGGACAUAAUAAUAGGCUCAUUUGUACGUUCCUUGCCCCAAUUUCCCUUGUCCUUUUAAAAAAUCCUCCUUUUAACUGUGUUCCAUGUUUAGGGAAAACAUAUGGAAAUGGCAUCAAAACAUGAUUCCCAGCCUAAAUAUUCAGUGCAGUUUUCACCAGCAUUAUAACAGCACAACAAAUGCCACCACACGCACAUUGACAAAUGCUAAGAUGCUCUUUGCAUGAAUCUCUUAGCUUUUAUUCAGUGUGCCAUUGGAAUAUCAAGCAGGCAAAAGAAAUGGAAAAGCAGGCUGGAGCGUUUGCAUCUUAAGGGGCUUGUCUGAUUAUUUGUUUGGUGUGGUUCACCUAUCAUGCAGAGCUCUGCCCUCUUAGCGGUACUAGAGAAAUAAUAAUCGAGUGUCUGUCUCUUUUCACAAUUGGUAACUAGCUGUUAUAAGCGUCACAGACACCUGUGGCCCUCUGCAUCAUGGAAGCUGCAUAAUGCUGUGGCUGUGUCCUGCCAUCUGAUUGAUCAGGAAAGCAGGUAGUGUGUGGGAUGCAGUAGGGAUGGCAAAUGAAGCACACGCUGUCGGCUCAUCCAAAAGCAGCUCUCCUCCUCUUGAGUGCUGAGGAGGACCUCACCUGUGGCCGAUAGAUUUUUUUUUGGACCAGAUUCAGAUCAGGUUUAGAAGUCGUGCCAGCACAAGGCUGCCAUAUAUGUGGCUGGAGAUGGGUAGGCAGUCAUGGCUGGGCUACGUAUGGUCAUAGAUAGCAAAGGCCCCAUCAGUGGGGAGGGAAGUCAAGGCUGGGAUACAUGUGGCCAAACAGAAAAGGCAGUCAGGGCUGCAGCAUGUGUGGUUUUGGGUGGAAUGGGGUCAGAUUGGGAACAUGUGGGCACAGGCCAGAAGGCAGCUGAGGCUGGAGUGAAGACAGCCAUAGCUUAAAAAGGUUUUAGGACGGGGUGUGUGGCCAUCGGUGGAAAGGCAAUCAAAGCUGUAAUACAUGCAGCCACAGAUAGCUCAGGCUGGGGGAAAGUGGCCUUACUGGUCAUUUCAUCAGCAAGCGUGAGCAGAAUCAACAUGUACAGAUGAUCUCAAAAUUACACAGGGAAUUAGCAAAACAUGUUUCUGGAACUGGACAGGAAAGAAGGGGCAUUGCUGCUGAGCUGGUUGGUCGGUCGGUUGUUUCAGCCCAGAAUAUGUGCCAUGUUUUGUGUUUUUUUUUAAAAAAAGGCCCUUUAUUUCCUCUGCUCUGGCGUGCAGUGAGAUGGCUGCUUCAUUCUGCAGCCAUAUUACACUGAUGCAAAAAUCCUUAUUCCCAAGCUGGAAAUUGCCCCUAUUCCAGGGAACCGUGACUAAAGCUACUAUGAGUCGAGGAGACAAGAUGAGUCAAGUAAGGUCAGGAGGCUGCUCGUUUAUCUAGAUCGAUCCCUCUAAACCUUUGAAAGAAGUAUGAGAGACGUGCUUGAAGAAUAGUCAGGGUAUGAUUGAAUUCUUUGUAAAGGUAAAAAGGACCGGCUAAUUGCCAAGAUGCGACAUAGCAAAACCCUGAAAGUUACACCAAUGGCUUGUGAGGAUGGUACAGAAGCCAGAGAUACCGGGAGGUCCCACUUCUGCCCUAUCACCCUGCCCAUACCCUCCACCCUGUGGGGGCCAGCAUCAUUUGAGUAUGUAAAUUCUAUCGUUGGCAUGCACAGGUGAUAGUGAUCAAACACUGCAUGGGAACAUGAUUAUGUGUGCAAAGCUGAGGCUUUUGCUUUGAAAAUCUGACUGGCUGCUGACUGCAGAAAACAGCUCACGCACCAACCAGUGGAUACAGUGCGAACCGGAAAAAUUGGAUUCCUUCUCUGGGAUAGUGAUAGCUCUUCCUCUGGAAAUGGAGGGCCAGUGGACUGCAGAAUGUCAUGCACAAAUGUGAUGUGUAAUAACAAGUUUGCUCACUCAAACCGAGGUUCUUUGCAGUAUCUCUUUCCCAUGUUACGGUGGUUUCCCUUGAGCGUGAAAGAAGGCACCAGCAGGAUUUGAAAUGCGCCUAUUGAUGAGUCUUCCAAUCUGACAGCUCUGCAUGGUGAGUCAGGGAUUUCUCAACAAACACGUGGAAAAUAGAGGUGGACUAAGGCUAAACAGAGCCAGUUCCAACAAAAUGUUGGGGUCCGCCUGGAGAGUGUCUUCCUUCAAGCACCCCUCUGGGACAGACUUUCCCUCCCAAUACCUCCAGAUAGACUUUUGUCUUCCACCCCUGGGUCUUUGGUCUUCCUGCCUUGCUAGGCAGUCCCAGAUCCCCUGGCAGCAAUCACCUGUUUAUUCUGUAAAAGCGGCAAAGAGUCCUGUGGCACCUUAUAGACUAACAGAUGUAUUGGAGCAUAAGCUUUCGUGGGUGAAUACCCACUUCGUCAGAUGCAUGUAGUGGAAAUUUCCAGAGGCAGGUAUAAAUAUGCAAGCAAGAAUCAGGCUAGGGAUGUUUGUUCUGUUGCCACUUGCUACUCUGCCUCUCACUGGUGCUCUGAGGUGUCUCUGUCCAUGAGGUCUGGAUCUCAAGGAUCCUGCCUAAAUCCACCCGGGAAACAUAUAGCAUUUAUUUAAAUGCAGUUUAAAUCCAGUGGCAGGGUUGUUUGUUCUUAUAACAAAUGGUUAAAGCCACUUUCUCUCAGAGCUAGGGAUCAGUCCUAGGUAGGAGAAGUAUUUCCUCUUGGAAUGAAUGCCCACUCUUUCCUUCUCUCUCUCUCAAGUUGCUUGGAGGAGGAAAGAUGGUUUUGGGGUAUUGCCACAUUGACGAAAUGAGGAGCUUUGCUGGCUAACUACCCGCUCCAGCUGGGGCUUCUGGUAAUGGGGAGGUCUUUUCAUUGGUCUCUUUGAGGACCUGGCCAGGCUUGUGGCCAGGUCUGAAGGGGGAAGCGAAGCCUUCAGCAGAGUGACUUUCAUCCCGGCUCAGCUUAAUUAAUGUUGUCUCAGCCAGAAUCAGCUUUUAGCAGGCUGGGAGCAAGAGGCUAUACAGGCAACUGUUGGAUAUUUGUGGAAAUUUUUCUCCCAUCUUAAAGGGGGAGGCAAAAGAAGAACGUAUGGGCUAAGGGCAUGAACCGUUCUGUAGGAGUGGGUGUAACUGACUUAGGAGCAGCAAGGUUAGUAACUGGUCUCACUGGGCUCUUUGCCAGCGGCGACGCCCCGGAAGACAGAUCUGAGCUGGUAGCGGGAAGGUGAGCUGCUGGGGGAGAUGAGAGUCAGAGGACUCGGGAAGACUCAGUGAGACCCAAACGGCUGGGAAUCAGCAGGGCUGUCUGCAAGGAAAGCCUCUGCAUUGUGCUGCAGCUAGUGACUGUUCACAAGGGGUAACAGCGGUGUGGGGCUCUGUGCAGCAGAUUUGUAGCCUGUGUUGACUGAGCAGGAAAAGAGGAAGCAUGGGGGUGGAGGAGAUCCCAGUGCUAGGAAUGUAAAUAACGCUGCUGUGGCCAGGGCCCCUCAGCUGGGGAUGUCGGCUUGUUGGAUUGGAAAAGCUGCUAGCCAGCCACUCUGGCCUUUUGUUGUGCUAAUAAAGCCGUAGUUUGGGAAAUGCUAACUUUGUACGCUCAACCGUUUCUCUUUUUUCCCCACUGUCAUUAAAUUCAUAAGAAAUUAAAAGGAAGGCUGCCUGCGGAAAUGAUGAAGCUGCAUGUAAAUGAAACAGCUGCAUUUCUCUCUCCUUGUCUGUCCUGGUGUGUUUGACAGUCAAGAACAGCUCAGUACUAUCAUGGAUUUUAUUCACUCUGCCUGUGCCAGGCACAUGUGCUAACCACAGGGCUGUAACAGCUGUGUCUGAAGUAGGGUCUGACAGUUAAAUGCAAACUUCCCAGUGGUUAAACAGCACUUAGGUGCAGGAAGUAGGGGUGUGGGAGGUGCUGCAGCACCCCCCUGGCUUGAAGUGGUUUCCAUUAUAUGCAGGGUUUGCAGUUUGGUUCCAUGGCUCUCGGCACCCCCACCAAACAAAUUGUUCAGUGGCCCUGUUAUGGUGAGACAUGAGCUGCCGUAGCAGGAAAUGCCAAGCUCGCUGAGAUGCGCUAUGCUUCCUGGUCAUGUUAAAUGUCAGCCAUUGUGGUCCCUCUGGGGGCCGGGGUGCAUCCGCCUGUGGGAAGCAGCAGAGGGCCUAUGAAACUGUCAGGUGACGCUCAAGAGGACCUGAUCCAAAGACCGAUGAAGUCGAUGGAAAGACACCCAUUGACAUCAGUGGGCUUUGAAUGAGGCUCAGAGUUUCCAGCUAAUCUCUUCCUCUCCCGCAGGGUGCUGGAGAGGAGGCAAGUGGCAUAGCCUUCCAUAGCGUUUGAAGGGAAAGCCCCAGUCCGGCAGAUACAGGGACAUCCACAGAAAGGGCUGGUCCCUCUAUGCUUUUGUUCUGGGCCCCUUGACAUCAUGACUCCCUCAGGAACGGGGCUGUCAUUAGCCAGGCACGCAGUGUCUGGGCAAAACCAUCCUCUCGGGAGGGCUGCAGGCACGCAGCGCAACAUAAUGCAGAUUCUAGCAGCACUGGUAUAGACAGCUGCUUGGAGAGCCUCUCCUCUGAUGAGGAGCAUGCCACAGAAUUCAGCUGCGACCUGGAUCUUCUGAUCCAGCUCUCCCUCUGCAUAGACAAGUAGAGACAAUGGCCAGGCCUAUUAUUAGGCUGCCAGUGAAAAAUCAUUUUGGAAUGUCUUUGGAAAGGAGGCCAGGCCUGAUCCAAUGCCCGCUGAAGUCAAUCGGAGGUGGAGCUGGCCCUCGGUAUGCACGCAUCGUUUAACUGCAUGUCCAUCUAGGGCCUGAUCCAAAGGCAGACGGCGGAAGGACUUCAGAGGACUUUAAAAUUGCUUCCCAGACAGCAACCUGGGUUUCACCAGUAGCUGGACAAAUCCGUUUGAAAUAAUCGGGAUGCAGGCUGGGUGGGAGUCGUGUCCUGUGGGAGUAGGGUGCCCAGAUAGCAAGUGUGAAAAAUCAGGACAGGGGGUGCAGGGUACUAGGCGCCUCUAUAAGACAAAGCCCUGAAUAUCAGGACAUCUGGUCACCCUAUAUAAGAGCUGAAACCUCCCGUCUCUUAAGGCUUCCUUGAUUUUAUUUGUACUUAGUCUUAAAAUAAACCACUUCUUUUUUUUUAAACUGCUUUUUAAAAAAAAUAUAACAACUGCACUUGUUUCUGGCCCUACUUUGCAACAGUGGACUAUCAGCCUCCGAAAAUAGGGGUGUAUCAUGAAACCGUCGGCCCAGUCGUAACCACUGUGCAAUGAUCCCUUUGUUUGGCACAAGGCAGGUAGCUUGCUUCUGUUACUCAGUGGAUGCCUGGUUAGGAAUUUUAUGCUAGCACAAGCCACAAUUUAUUGUAGGCAUCACAAAAGAGUUUCACUGUUUAAAGUUUUGGUUCAAAUGGGAGGAGCAGGCCUGCUUGAUGUGCAGUUCUUGUCAUGACAAAACGUACCUUCACUGUACAGCUGCUGAUUUUAAAACGUCUAUCAUGGCUGGAUGUUCACCUUCGAUUCGAUUUUUUUUUUUUUUUUGGACUGCAUGGCUUCCAUAAAGUGCUAACAGCAGUCCCUUGUGCUUUCCUGUGGUUUUCUAUUCCAAACCAGAACUACUGCUCAUAUUGUACCAAUGGAAUGUAGCACUUUGUUAAAUUAAAAUAUCAGAAAAUAAAAGCUGUCCAUCAUAUCUACCUUUAA